CAGUUCCCAUGGUAGUUUGAUAGACAUCCAGACAGGGUAGGUAGGUACUACCGCACUAGGCACUGUAAGCAGACUACCGCACUCGCCAGGUCGCUACCCGGCGGCAGGGCUGCGGCUCGGCGGCUGCUGAUUGAGUCUAUACCACUGGAAACUAGGGUUGGUAUGCGGCUUGUGUGGUUGCGCAAUAGUGCGUGUCCUCUGUCCAGUUGAAGACUUGAAGGCUGAAGCUGCCCCACUCCCUCUUAGUCAUGCCACCCUACAUGACCACCUCUGCUCAGUUGCUGCUCUGUGCGUGAGGCUGUGCAUCCAAACUCUGAAUUUCGAAAGUCCGAAUUGCAGUCUGCACUCUGCAGAACUGGAAGGCAGAAAUCCUCAAAUCCAGAUUACGCAGGGUAGACAGUAGACUGUACUGAUCAAUACUCCAUUUUUGUAAACUUCUGGACCACAAGUUGCAGAGAAUUGAUGGAGUCAUUGUCUUUAUCCUCUCAGUUCAGUAUAAGAAGCUUGAGGAUUUCUCAAAUAGGAAGAACCCAUGGAGGGGCAGUUCCUGAUUUUGUUAAAGUACGUAAGUUUCCCUCUAAAACCGGCUAUUUAGCACCAAGAUUGUGCUUGGCCAUCGCAAAUGGUGGCUUUAGAGGGGAAAGGAAUUGUAUUAAAGCUGGUGAUGGUGUGAUAAUUGUUGACCAUGGGUCGCGUCGAAAAGAGUCUAAUCUUAUGCUAAAUGAGUUUGUGGCAAUGUUUCAAGAGAAAACCAAGUACCCCAUUGUGGAACCUGCUCAUAUGGAGUUGGCAGAGCCUUCUAUCGAAGAUGCCUUUAAUUCCUGUGUUCAACAGGGAGCACGUCGAAUUAUAGUUUCCCCAUUCUUCCUUUUUCCUGGACGGCACUGGAAACAGGAUAUUCCUUUACUAACUGCUGAAGCUGCCAAGCUGCAUCCAGGGAUACCAUUCAUUAUUACUGCACCUCUUGGUGCCCAUGAAUUGCUUGUGGUAUGUGUUGCCAUCCUUCUAUACUUUUACUUUUCCAUAUGCUUAAAGCAUCAAAUGCAAUUGGAACCCAAGUGUAAAAAGCUGGUUCUUCCUUUCUCAUUUCCUAGUGUACUUUAAUGAAGUUUCCUCUAA